CUUAAACGUGCACUCGUCGGCGAUAUCUUGUCCAAUCCAUUCCAGAGCACGACUUGACGGCGUGCGGCAACCUGGUCGUUUACAAAGCUUAGAACGUCACGUUGGUUAGUUACAUUUGAGGGAAACGCGUAAACCCACUGCUUGAAAAUAAGUUAUAUAGCGUUUUUGUUCCCCCCCCCCCAUAUCGAAGUAGAAACUGGUGAACACAUUAGCGUAACGAUAGAAUUCGCCGUAGAGAUUUCUGCUGUUUAAAAAGCUCAAAUGAAGACCACGUUUAUCAACGGGGUUUCCUCUUCCCCCUCCAUGUCGCUGGGUCUGCUGGUGACCGAGAACGCCCUGCACGUCCAGCCCGAUACUCAGGAGGACCGCGAGGAGCUGGUCCGUCCCGACACUCCCGACCGGGACACACGCUUGAACGGCUACCUCUGGUGCAAAGAGUUCCUCAAUGGGUCCUGGGAAACCCUGGCGGAGGACGACUUCGAGAUCACCGUCAUAAGGGGUGGGUUGAGUAACAAGCUCUUCCUGUGCAGCCUCCCAGAGAGUGUGGAUACUGUUGGGGAUGAGCCAAGGACCGUUCUGUUGCGCCUUUAUGGGGCCAUCCUGCAGAUGUCCUGUAAUAAAGGGGAAUCCCAACAGUCAAACAAAGAGAAUCACUUUCAAGGGGCAGAGGCCAUGGUGCUGGAGAGUGUGAUGUUUGCAAUCCUGGCAGAGAGGAAAUUGGGACCUAAACUCUACGGUAUUUUUCCUCAGGGACGACUGGAGCAGUAUGUGCCUAGCCGUAAGCUGGAAACCUGUGAGCUGAGUGACCCAAGCAUUUCGUCAGAGGUUGCGCAGAAAAUGGCCAAGUUUCAUGGAAUGAGGAUGCCUUUCAAUAAGGAGCCCAAAUGGUUGUUUGGAACCAUGGACAAGUACUUAAGCCAAGUCAUGAGGCUCAACUUCACCCGAGAGUCUCACCUCCGGCGUUUCAACAUCUUGCUCAGCUACAACCUACUACAGGAGAUGGAUUGGCUUAAGUCUCUGCUGGAGUCUACCCACUCUCCAGUUGUGUUUUGCCACAAUGAUUGUCAAGAAGGAAACAUCUUGCUUCUAAAAGGUCGCCAUCAGUCAGACAAACAGAAACUAAUGCUCAUUGACUUUGAGUACAGCAGCUAUAACUAUAGGGGAUUUGAUAUCGGCAACCAUUUCUGUGAAUGGAUGUAUGACUACAACUGUGACGAGUUUCCUUUCUUCAAAGUGAAUGCUCAGGGUUAUCCUUCCAAGGCUCAGCAGCUCCACUUCAUUGAAAACUACCUGCGUGCGUCCGAUCAAGGAUUUGACAAACUAAGUCACGAGGACCAAAUGAAAAUGAAGGAGCAGCUUUACGUGGAGGUCAACAGGUUUUCCCUUGCAUCCCACUUCUUUUGGGGCUUGUGGUCUAUCAUCCAGGCCCGUCUCUCUACCAUCAAGUUUGGAUAUCUGGAGUAUGCCCUGGAUAGAUUUGAAGCCUACUUCCAGCAAAAGAAAAUGUGGAGCGUCUAAUGGAGCGAAAAGAUCAGAUGGACGGACAACGUUCUCCGAUGAGGGAGGUCAUACAAGCUGUUAAAGAUUCCAUGCUUUACUUACACUCUGCCACAAGAGUAUUUGCUGGCUGCUGUCGGUGGUGGCGUCCAAUCAAAUCCCAAGUCUGGGUGCUCCUCUACACCCCGAAUUCUGCUGCAGCUCAAAGUUUCAACUGCUCUCUACUGACAGAUUAUUUGGUCAGGGCUAGUUCUGCUUCUGCAUGGCUCAAUUGAUAUGACUAAUACAGGCUAUGCCUGAAGCUGAUAAAAAAUGGAUUUCAGUUGAAGCCAGACUGGACGCAUUAACAUUGCAUCAAUGUACGUAUAUGUUAUUGAUCAUUCUGUGGGAAAGGGCCAAAAUGUGAAAUUCUUGUUGUAGAUUACUGCUUACUUAAGCAUCCAACUUUGUAUAUUAUAUAUAGACCUUAAUGUACCAGUAACCCGGCCCUCUCUGUUACCAAUGGACUGUCUUGCUGGUGGUCUUAUGACUUGACAAUAUACUGUUGAAAUACAUGCUAUUUUAGGUUUUAAUGGCGGUAUUUUCAAUGUAGGCCAGGGAAAGGAAUUAUGGUGUAUUUCCAUGUGUUGGAAUUGUCCUGGGUUGAAGACGCUCCGAUUCAAAUCAUCAAUGUGAAACCGUCAUAUAUUAGCUCCAUUAUAGAGUAUUAUGUUAUCUGUCAUUUGAUGUAACGGCACACUAACUCUGACACGGCUCGGGAGCACUUAGUGUAAAUAUGGAUAACUGUGAGAAGUAAGUAUACAGUCGUGACAGUGCAACUGCAAUUUCUGCUAAAAUAACAUUCCAUCUUCGCUUUAUAACCUUGAUAAAUUGUUGCCUUACUUUCAUCGGGGAAUUGUAGUCAAACAUAUUACAAUGAAGAAAAAUAGUGUUGAAAUUCAUCUAUUACAGUUCCAUGGCAAUGGAAUCAUAGACUGUAUUAUAGUAUUGGGUGAAUAAGAAAAACACAUUCAAAUUGUCUGUCCUUACAUUUGUGCAUUUUUUGUUUGUUUUUGACAUGGGGGGGGGGGCAAUUGUAAUGAUUUCUGCAAUUGUCAAUACCCAUGAUAGCUGGCAAGCAAAUUAAAACAAACACAGCAGCCUGCUAAGCUUUGAAAAUGCAUCUGAGUUGGUCACACGAAAUAAUCUACAUCAAUAGGCAUCUGCUUUGUUUAAUAUUUUACAUUAACAGAUAACAUGCGUUGUACUUUACGCAGCUUUGUGCUGGAAGCUGUGCAAUCACCACGAAAGGUUUCUAGACUUAACAGUACUUAACAAAUGUAUAGGACCACCUGAGACCAUCCAGCAUUUUGAGAAGUCAGAAAUUACAUUGGCAAAACAUUCAACCUCUAAAACAAAAUGUCUGUUCAUGAAAGUAAAUAACUAUAGUUUGAAUUUCAGUCCGCAUCCUUUCCGACCCCUCUAGUGACUGUUGACUCACUUAGUAUAGCGACAAAGUGACAACCCGGCGUUAAGUUGGCAGCACAUUGGGUGGUGUAAUACAUUUGUUAGGUGCUGUAGCUAUGUAAUAGUAUUACAUUUGUCUCUCACUUUUAAGCCACUGAGUUUUGAUUUUGGAAACCCCAAAAUGUGAUCAUGUGAAGUAUACAGUUGGCAUGGUCUCAUAUUGUUUGUAGAAGAGUUGUGACUCUUAAUAUAUGUGAUUUACACUGAAUACAAGGAAGUGAUUCCCAUCGCGAUCUGCAUCAGUUGUCCGAUGUUGGAACGAUCCUGAUUUUGUUUGACUGUCCAGUGUAGCACUUUUGAUUUCGAAGGACUGCAGAGGAAAAACAAAAGUACUUCAUUGUUAAACUGGGAUUCAUUUGAGUUGUUCAACGGUUUGUUUGAUUUUGGAUGCAGUUCUUCUUUUUAAUUAUUAUUUAUAUUUAACAUGUUUAUGUUUGUAGUUCUAUGAUUUGGAGAUGCAACGGGACUAACGGUGCAUCAGUAUACUGUCCAUUAGACUUAAGCGAAGAUUUUUCAUAAUGUGAAAGUCUGAGCCAAGUUUAAUUUUGUUACCUUUAAUAGAAUAUGGCUGGUAAUUGUGUUUGUUUGACAUUACAUAAUAUAUCCUCUAUCCAUCCAUUCUCCGAACCACUUCUCCUCCCUCGGGUCGCGGGUGCGCUGGUGCCUAUCCCAGCUAUCUUUGGGCGAGAGGCGGGGUACAACCUGAACUAGAUGCCAGCCAAUCGCAGAUCAUAUAUCUUCUUUGACAGUAAUAAGGAGCUGUAGCCAUUUUAGUUUUUGGGCAGGUUUUGAGUAUGUUGUGACAGUUAUGAAUUAAAUGAUCUGUAAUAAAGGGGAGCUGGUCAAAGCUGACAUUUAUCUGGCCGACAACCUACAAACUAACAACUGUUCUACAACCCUUGAACAUCAUAAAGUCAAACUCAGCCUUAUUUGUAUGUCUUUGAUUGAACAAAUUACAGGGAGACCAAAUCUCAAUCCGUUGUCUCCGGCAUCUUCCGCCAUGAUACUUGGUUUGGACCAAACUUAAACUUAAGGGUAGAUCCUGGCCUACACUGGUUCAUGGCUCUUUUGUCAAUGCUUUGUAAUUUUACAAUGAUUAUGGUAAACAUUUCCAUGUAUCAAAAUGUUUUUGUUUUUUUUGCGGAACAUUAUUGCAUAUAUGCAUAUUGCUGUUCACACUGGGCCAUUUGCUACAAUUGUAACGGAAGGGAAGAAAUACACUCACUGUUCACCAACUCGAUUGUGGUUCGCAGUGACACGUCUCACAUCUGGAUUUGAACAUGUUCACCAUUUGUAAUGAAUGCUGAACUAAACUGAAAAAGGUUAACGCUACACUACUGCAGCAUAGAAAACAUGAACCUCAUCUGUAUUUCUGUCUUGCACUAAUAAAAAUA